UUUUUAAAGUUCUUCUUCUUCCUCCAAAAAACUCUAAAAACCUCCUCUCAUUCUCCCCUCUUUGGUCGUCGAGGCUCUCACUUCUUCAAAAACCCCUUCCUGCUUACUCAAGAAACCUCUCCUUCUUCCUCAUUUCGCUAAUCGGAGCAUCACCUGGUGAUCACCAAAAACAGAAGAGGUUGGAAAGAGCUGAAGAAGGAGGCAAAUCUAGAUUCUCAGUAUGAGUAAGCUUCAGAGUGACGCACUGAGGGAAGCUAUUUCCACUGUUGUGAAUGCUUCCAAAGAGAAAAAGCGGAACUUUACUGAGACCAUUGAACUCCAGAUUGGGUUGAAGAACUAUGAUCCCCAAAAGGACAAACGUUUCAGUGGUUCUGUUAAGUUGCCACAUAUUCCCCGCCCAAAGAUGAAGGUCUGCAUGCUUGGAGAUGCCCAACAUGUGGAAGAGGCCGAGAAGAUUGGUUUGGACUAUAUGGAUGUGGAAGGCUUGAAGAAACUAAACAAGAACAAGAAACUGGUUAAGAAACUUGCCAAGAAGUAUCACGCAUUCUUAGCAUCAGAAUCAGUUAUCAAGCAGAUUCCCCGUCUUCUAGGCCCUGGUCUCAACAAGGCAGGAAAAUUCCCUACCCUUGUUACUCACCAAGAAUCUCUCGAGUCUAAAGUCAAUGAGAUCAAAGCCACAGUGAAGUUCCAGCUGAAGAAAGUUCUUUGCAUGGGAGUUGCAGUCGGGAACUGUGCUAUGGAAGAGAAACAGAUUUUCCAGAAUGUGCAGAUGAGCGUCAAUUUCCUUGUUUCCUUACUGAAGAAAAAUUGGCAAAAUGUUAGGUGCUUGUAUUUGAAGAGUACCAUGGGCCCAUCUAACCGGGUUUUCUAAGUUCCUUCUUAUCUUCAAGAUAUGCUGUGAGUGAUCCGGUAUGGCAAAUUAGGGUUCGCAGAAUGGUUUUCGGGGUUAUAUCUUUUCUUUUUGUUAAGUUGGAUGGUAGAAAUCUUGCAAUGUUAGACUUCCACAAAUCAUUGUAAGGUAAUUUUUAACAGAUACGUACUAUUUGGGAACUUUUAGAUGCAAAUUUUUAAAAUUUUGUA